AGGCAACUCAAACAGCAGUUGAGGCGAGUUUCGACGUCUUCGGAAGAGUGAUACCACAGACAAGGUUGAUACUAACUCCACGAAGUGCAGUGGCCAGCCGCUCCUUACCCCCCCGGCUUAAACCUAGCAAAACAGUAUCAGCAAGUUGAACUGCUCGGCUAUAAUAUCCUGCAAUGGCGAGCUUGUCAUGCAACCAGUCGGCAACCCCGAGAGAAGCCAGCGCUGCGUACAGCCUCCAGCAUCAACACGUGCCAGAGCCCGCGAACGUUGCUCCCGGCCGAGCAGUGCUCCUCUUCUCCCCAAGCCCUGCCCAGCGAGCCAUAUCGGAAUCCUUCGACAAGAUACCCACGUACCUCUUCCGACUGCAUGGGCCGAGCACUGUAGGAACGGCAACGGCUCGCCAAGUCAGCUCUCCGGCGUAUGACAGAGGCAUGGUCAAGGGGGACCUCUUUCAGCUCGCACCAGAAGACGCGGCUAAAUGCCUGGAUGACCAUCUCCGAUGGAGUAAGGAACACGAGAGCAGAAAGGAGUGCAACCUGAUGUCUUGGUCGAGUUCGCUCUUGUUUCUCCUCCAGUAUGCGCUUUACCGGCAGAAUAAACAACCGGAUAAGAUCGCCAGCCUAUCACAGAUGCGCCUGCUUAUCCUCUACACGCGCGACUUCCCCCAAGGCACCUUCAUCAAGGAUCUAAAAGCAAUCGAGGCGUUUUAUAAACACAACGAGGGCCUGGCCGGGAUAGAGAAUCUGCGAGUCCGGGCGAGAGGAGGAACGUACUACUUUGGAGAGUACCUAUCGCAGGGCCAUCUGGACGUAUCCGGGAGCUGUACGCAGAUCUCCAUACAGCAACUUGUCGACAAGGGAUAUCUCUACGAGCUGUGCCCAAUGCUAUGUAACAGCGAUCCGAGGGAAUGGGCCAACGCAGUGGUCAAAAUCAGAGAAGCCUUCGCCGACCGAAACACAGCUCAAGCUACCGACAAAAAGGGCGUUCGCACAGCGAUCGCAAUGGCACAGGCCUUCUUUGGUAGCCCCUGGACAGUCCCGGUUGCCGUGAUGCUGCUAUCCCUGCGGCCGCGCAAGCCUGACGACAAGACCAUCCUCGAUGGCUUCUCCUCGAUGUUUAGUGAGCAGGAAUUGGAGACGCUUAACCUGGGGAGCAUCAAGUUUGAUCCUGAGUCUGAGCGAAUGCCAGAGAUGAAACUGUUCGAGGACAUGGUGAAGGCGAUCCGUUCUUGCGUACAGGGCGCCAACGUUGAGGCUACGGUAGCAGUGGAGGUUUUGGCGGACUCGUUUGGUGAGCUGUCUGUUGGCCCUUGAGCCAAGGCGAGUAUCGCAAGAUCUCAGUUUCCAUGUCACAUAGCGGUCCAGCAGGUCGAGGCAUAGGCCUCCGUGACGCCUCGGAGCAGAACAUUU